AUGCAUGCCAAUAAUCGGAGGCGCAUAGCCCCAGGUGGAGAACCUGUCAUGGACUCGGGUGAUUGGAGAACUCAAUUGCCCCCUGGCUCCCGCAAAAGAAUAGUCUGCAAAAUCAUGGAGACAUUAAAGAGACAUCUUCCAUAUUCUGGUCGACGAGGACUACGAGACCUCGAGAAAAUUGCCAUACGGUUUGAGGAAAGGAUCUAUGCUGCUGCAACAAGUCAGUCUGAUUAUCUGCGAAAAAUAUCUCUGAAGAUGUUUGCAAUGGAGAUCAAGUCCCAACCCAUUUCUUUGCCAUCCAACUCCGCUGGCAAUGGUAACUAA